AUGGAGUUUUUUAACUCAGCUCUUGGGAAGAACAUCACUUUUAUGCGUCCUGCAUACUUCAUAAUAAGAGGGUUCGUCGGCAUACCUCACAUCAGAUAUUACUAUGUCUUUCUAUUUUUUGUUUACAUUGUUUCAGUCUUGGGAAACACAGUUGUGAUGGCUGUAAUAAUUAUUGAUCAUAAUCUGAGAACUCCAAAAUACAUAGCAGUUUUUAAUCUUGCGUUCGUGGACCUGUUUGGGAACUCUGCUUUGGUGCCAAAGCUUUUGGACAUCUUUCUCUUCAACCAUCCCUACAUCCCCUACAGUGACUGCUUGGCGUACCUUUUUUUCUGCUUUGUUUCCCUGUCGAUGCAGGCUCUAAACCUGGUUGCACUCUCCUAUGACAGACUGAUAGCUAUCACCCUGCCUCUGCACUAUCAUGUGAGAGUGAGCCACAGGUUCAUGCUGUCUCUGAUAGCCUCCUUCUGGAUUUUUGCAAUCACUAUAAACCUCAUUGCAGUUGGCCUUAUAACACGGCUGUCUUUCUGUGGUUCUGUGGUUAUAAACAGCUAUUUUUGUGACCACGGGCCUCUCUACCGCCUCGGCUGUAAUGAUAUCACCCCUAAUCGUGUAAUUGGUGGUAUGUCACCACAUUUAAUCCUUUCAAUUCCUCUAGUAUUUAUCUUGGCCACCUACUGUGCUAUUGCUUAUGCUUUGUCAAAGAUUGCCACAGUUAAGGAGAGAGUAAAGGCCUUUAAAACCUGCACAAGUCACCUUACAUUAGUGGCAUUGUAUUUUCUUCCAAUAAUAUUUGUGUAUCGCUUUGGAAGAACAAUUCAUCCAAAUGCCAGGAUCAUAAACAUGUCUCUGACGUCCAUCUUUCCCCCCAUGAUGAACCCGAUCAUUUAUGUUCUGCAGACGAAAGAAAUCAGAGAAUCUUUAAGAAAGAUGUUUGAUAUCAAAGCUGUGUCUAAAGUUUCAAACAUUCAUCUUCUGUCCUAA